AUGGGUUCCGCGCAGAGCUACCUCCCCGUCGUAGGCGUCAUCGUCGCCGGAGCCGCGGCGUACGGCUACGCACAGCUCAACAAGACGCCGACUCCCGUCUCCCAGGCCGCACCCUCGCCCUCCGCCCCCGUCUCCUCGAAGAAACAAAAGCAGAAGAAGAAGGCUGCAGGAACGGGCGCAGGCGCACCGACCAGUGACAGGGAGAAGGAGAAGGACGCCGUCCCCGCGGAGCCCAGCGUCGUCUCCUUCCCCCCGGUCAUCCCUGGGGGCUUCGACGCCCCGGCCUCGUCAGAGCCCCAGGCGGAGCGCUCCAAGCCGAAGAAGAAGAAGAAGGCCAAGAAGGCGGGCACGCCCGUCCCCGCCGACGCGCAGUCCGAGUCGUCCGCGACCGCGCCCGAGUCAUCGGUGGCUGCGCGCACGUCCAAGCCGAAGAAGGAGAAGGGCGGCGCAAGUAGGCCUGCGGCAGGGCUCAACGAUGACGGCUGGACGAAGGUCGAGACGAAGAAGAAGGAGAAGCCGGCGAAGGCUGCGGGCGACGCGGCCGCCGCUGCGGCAGAGGGGGGCGUGCAGGGCGGCCAUCGGCUGGAGGUGUCGACGAGCGACUUCGCCACGUCGGUCACCACUGGGAACUCGUCGCCCGUCACGGAGAGGACAGAGGACGAGAGCCAGCUGGCGGACUCGUUCACGUCUGAGCACCGUAGGCCGCUGGCGGAGAGGUUGUUGCCUAAGCCCAGGAAGACGGGUGUCGAGGACUUGCUGGAAGAGCCCGACCAUCCCGAGGUCUCUCGUGUCAUGCGUGUCAAGCCCAGACCAGACGAGCGGCCAGCAGCAGGGUUCUCGUGGGCCGACUACGAGGACGUCGACUCGCGCGGAACUGCAGACGACGCAGACGGCGAGGACGACGGAGGAUGGGGAGUCGUGAAAACCCGGACCAAGCAAAAAACGAACAAACCCGCCUCCGAGUCGGGCCCAGCGGCACAGUUGAAGGCAUCCGAGUCGCUCACGAAGAAACAGCGCCAGCACGCCGCGAAGCGCGAGGCCGAAAAGGCGGCCAAGGCCGAGGCUGAGCGGGAGCGACUCGCAACGCUCGCGCGGCACAAGCGCGAGCUCGAGCAGACCCGCAUGGCAGAGCAAGCCAAGGCGAGUAAGAAAGCCGUGAGCGGUGGCAUGUCCGCGACCGUCGACGAGAACGGGAAGCUCGUCUGGCAAUAA